UUUACCAUUGUGGGGAAAAAAGAAGACUUUACCAGUUGACGACUCCAAUCGCUCUCUUCCAGUGGACCUGUAAUUAUUGCCAAUUUCAGUGGCAUUUCCCCAACUUCAACCCUUGCAUAUUAUAUCCCCUAGCUCACCGAAUUUGAGAGCCAGCAGUUGGCCUUCUCUUCCUGAAACCAACUGAAACCUACUCCAAAUGUCUAAACUACCCCUCACAUUUCUGAACUUCUUUCUGUUCUUCUUCCUAACGUCUAUACCCUCCUCUGUAAUUUCACAAAAUGUCAUCACAGAGCAAGCCAUUCUCUUGAAACUCAAGCAACAACUGGGGAAUCCACCUUUACUCCAGUCAUGGAACUCCUCAUCAUCGCAGUGCAAUUGGACGGAAAUUACCUGUACGGACGGCAAGGUUACCGGCAUUUCUCUCCAAACCAAGAACAUCACAACAACAAUCCCGGCGACAAUCUGUGACCUCAGAAACCUCACUGUUCUUAUCUUGUCCGAUAACUUCAUCCCCGGAGGAUUUCCGAGAGUUCUAUACAAUUGCUCAAAGCUCCAAGUCUUGGACCUUUCUCAAAAUAAUUUAGUUGGUCCAAUACCUGAUGAUAUUGAUCAAGGGCUUUCAACUCUCAAAUACUUGCAGGUUGCUGGAAAUAACUUCUCUGGCGACAUUCCACCUGCGAUAGGUAAUCUAAUGGAGUUGCAGUCCCUGUUUCUGAAUUCAAAUCAGUUCAAUGGAACGUUUCCUAAGGAGAUUGGUAACUUGGCCAAUCUAGAAGAAUUAGGAUUGGCCUAUAAUUUGUUUGUGCCUUCAACAAUUCCAGUGGAGUUUGGUAAGCUAAGCAAGUUGAAGUUCCUGUGGAUUACAGAUGCCAAUUUGAUCGGCACCAUCCCUGAACAUUUGGCCAAUCUUUCAAGUCUUGUGAAAUUGGAUUUGGCAAGAAACAAUCUGGAAGGUAGUAUUCCUGAUGGGUUGUUUUCAUUGAAGAAUUUGAGCUAUUUGUAUCUGUUUCAUAAUAAAUUGUCUGGGGAGAUUCCCCAGAAAGUAGAAGCAUUGAAUUUGGUGGAAAUUGAUCUUGCUAUGAACGGCUUAAGCGGCUCGAUACCGGAAGACUUUGGCAAGUUGCAGAACCUUCAACUUCUCAAUCUGUAUAACAAUAAGUUAUCUGGUGAAAUCCCCCCAAGCAUGGGUCGCAUUUCUACACUCAGAACUUUCAAGCUUUUCACCAACAACUUGAGUGGAAUCCUGCCACCAGAACUAGGUCUCCAUUCGAAGCUCGAAUUUUUUGAGGUUUCAACUAAUCAUUUCAGUGGCCAACUACCAGAAAAUCUCUGUGCUGGAGGUGUUUUACUAGGUGUUGUCGCAUAUUCAAACAAUCUCACAGGGAAGGUGCCUCAGUCGCUUGGAAACUGUCAGACUUUGCGCACUGUUCAGCUUUAUGACAACAACUUUUUUGGGGAGAUACCUUCAGGUAUUUGGACAGCCUUCAAUAUGACAUACUUGAUGCUGAGUGAUAAUUCAUUUUCGGGUGAACUUCCAAGUUCGCUGGCUUGCAAUUUGUCCAGGUUGGAGCUCAAAAACAACAAAUUUUCUGGUCCAAUUCCUACUGGAAUUUCUAGUUGGGUGAAUUUGAUUGUUUUUGAGGCAAGUAACAAUCUAUUUUCCGGUGCAAUUCCAGAGGAAAUGACCAGCCUGUCUCAUCUUACUACCCUUUUGCUUGAUGGCAAUCAACUCUCUGCUCAACUUCCAUCCAAGAUGAUCUCCUGGAAGUCACUGACAACACUGAAUCUCUCAAGAAAUGCACUUUCAGGCCAAAUCCCAGCAGCGAUGGGGUCUUUACCUGAUCUGCUUGACUUGGACUUAUCUGAAAACCAUUUCUCUGGCAAAAUCCCAUCCGAGUUAGGCCAACUGAGGCUUGUAUCACUCAACUUGUCCUUCAAUCAACUUUUUGGCCAAAUCCCUGAUCAAUUUGAUAACCUUGCUUAUGAAAACAGCUUUCUGAACAAUUCUAAUCUUUGUGCUGUUAAUCCAGUUCUAAACCUUCCAAAUUGCUAUUUCAGACCUAGAAGUUCCAACAAACUGUCCUCUAAAUUUCUUGCGAUGAUCCUUGUUCUUGCCAUAACUAUCUUCAUAGUUACUGCUAUAUUAACCAUGUUUGCAGUUAGAGACUAUCUGACAAAGAAGCAUAAACGUGAACUGGCGUUAUGGAAACUGACCUCAUUCCAGAAAGUAGGUUUCACACAAGCAAACAUUUUGCCAAGUUUGACAGAAAAUAAUCUGAUUGGAAGUGGGGGAUCAGGGAAGGUAUACCGCGUUUCUGUGAACCGUGCAGGAGAAUUUGUUGCAGUUAAGAGGAUUUGGAACAUUAGAAAAGUUGAUGAGAAGCUUGACAAAGAAUUUGUGGCAGAGGUUGAAAUACUUGGCACAAUUAGGCACUCAAAUAUAGUGAAGUUAUUGUGCUGCAUUUCAAGAGAGGACUCGAAGCUUCUUGUUUACGAAUACAUGGAGAAUCAGAGCUUGGAUAGAUGGCUUCACGGAAAGAACAGAAGGUCAUCAUCAGGGACAAACUCUGUCCAUAAUGUUUCCUUGGAUUGGCCUAGAAGGAUGCAGAUUGCCAUUGGAGCUGCAAAAGGACUAUGUUACAUGCACCAUGACUGUUCCCCACCUAUAAUUCAUCGAGAUGUCAAGUCUAGUAACAUCUUGUUGGAUUCUGAAUUCACUGCUAGAAUUGCAGAUUUUGGACUUGCCAAAAUGUUGGCUAAGCAAGGAGAGGCUUACACGAUGUCUGCUGUGGCCGGCUCUUUCGGUUACAUUGCCCCAGAGUAUGCUUAUACAACAAAAGUGAAUGAGAAGAUCGAUGUUUACAGCUUCGGAGUUGUUCUCCUGGAGCUAGUGACAGGACGAGAACCCAAUAAUGGGGACGAGAAUACCAGCCUUGCAGAAUGGGCUUGGAGGCGAAAUGCAGAGGGAAAGCCUAUUGUCGAUUGUCUCGAUGAGGAAAUCAAGGAACUGUGUUACAUAGAAGAAAUGACCACUGUAUUCAAGCUAGGACUCAUUUGUACUAGCACUGCACCGUCCACAAGGCCUUCAAUGAAGGAUGUUUUGCAGAUUCUACGUAGAACUUCUCUGAGGAAUAAUGGGGAGAAGUUAGGAAUCGAGUUUGAUUUUGCUCCUCUUCUUGGCCAUGCUACUUAUCUUUCUACUUACAAGGGAAGCGAGAAACUAUCAGAUGAUGAGUAUGACAGUAGCCUUUACAGUGUAUGAUGUAUUAUAAUGGAAGAAAUUCUUCUGGCUUUCUGGCAUGUAAAAUAUAUGCUGUAGUCAUGAAAAUAAUCCCUGGGAAGCUAGUUUUGCAUCCGAUUUCUUGUAAUGGAAUGUGUGAUGGGUAAAGGAGGUAAGGAUGGAGAAUUUAGAGGAAAGAGAGAGUAAGGAGAGAAGUAAGCAAAUUUUACAAUAACUACUAAUAAAAUAUCUUUAGUUUUUCAA